AUGAACCUGAAAUCUGAACGCAGAGGAAUUCACGUUGAUCAGUCAGAGCUACUGUGCAAGAAGGGUUGUGGUUACUAUGGCAAUCCUGCUUGGCAGGGAUUUUGCUCCAAGUGCUGGAGAGAGGAAUACCAUAAGGCCAGGCAGAAACAGAUUCAAGAAGAUUGGGAGCUGGCAGAGCGGCUUCAACGUGAGGAGGAAGAAGCGUAUGCCAGUAGUCAGAGUACCCAAGGGGCACAGUCACUGACCUUUUCAAAAUUUGAAGAAAAGAAAACCAAUGAGAAAACACGAAAGGUCACUACUGUGAAGAAGUUCUUCACUGCUUCUUCCAGAACAGGAGCUAAGAAGGUGGCUCAAGAGAAAAUCGUUAAGCAAGGACAGCUUGGGAGGGAGCGAAAUGCUGAUAACAUUCUCAGGGAUCUGAAGGAGAUUUUUACUCCCUCCUGGGAACUGGCUUCCCCUACUGAAGUGUUGGCUGGCAAAUUGAAAGAGAUCCAAGAAGCCAAGGCUCCCAGCCCUUCUAUAAACAGGCAGGCUAGCAUCGAGACAGAUCGAGUAUCCAAGGAAUUCAUAGAAUUUCUCAAGACAUAUCAUAAGCCUGGACAAGAUAUCUAUAAGCAAUGUAAACUAUUUUUGGACACAAUGAAUCAUAAAAGGGACUUAAGUAUUGAGGAGCAAUCUGAAUGUGCCCAGGACUUCUAUCAAAAUGUAGCAGAGAAAUUACAGACACGUUGGAAAGUGCCGCCUGAAAAAGUUGAGAAAGCGAUGGAUCAGAUUGAAAAAUACAUUAUGACUCGACAGUAUAAAUAUGUCUUUUGCCCUGAAACAACUGAUGAUGAGAAGAAAGAUCUUGCUGUCCAGAAGAGAAUCAGGGCUUUGCACUGGGUAACUCCACAAAUGCUGUGUGUUCCUGUCAAUGAAGAAAUUCCAGAAGUCUCCGAUAUGGUUGUAAAAGCAAUUACAGAUAUAAUCGAAAUGGAUUCAAAGCGUGUCCCUCGUGAUAAAUUAGCAUGCAUCACCAAGUGCAGCAAGCAUAUAUUUAAUGCUAUUAAAAUCACAAAAAAUGAACCAGCUUCUGCUGAUGACUUUCUUCCAACACUUAUAUACAUUGUUUUGAAGGGAAACCCACCCCGUCUGCAGUCUAACAUCCAGUAUAUAACACGCUUCUGUAAUCCAAGCAGGUUGAUGACGGGAGAAGAUGGCUACUAUUUUACCAAUCUGUGCUGUGCUGUGGCCUUCAUUGAAAAACUGGAUGCUCAGUCUUUAAACCUAAGCCAAGAAGAUUUUGAUCGUUUUAUGACUGGUCAGACAUCCCCGAAGAAGCAAGAAUCUGACAGUUUUUCACCUGAUGUGUGCCUGGGUGUUAAGCAAAUGUAUAAAAACUUAGACCUCCUAUCUCAGUUGAAUGAGAGACAGGAAAGAAUUGUCAGUGAAGCCAAGAAGCUUGAGAAAGACCUAAUAGAUUGGACUGAUGGAAUUACAAAGGAAGUCCAAGAUAUUGUUGAGAAAUAUCCAUUAGAAAUAAAACCAAAAAAUCAAGCCUUAGCAGCUAUUGACUCUGAAAAUGUGGAGAACGACAAGCUGCCCCCACCACUGCAGCCUCAGGUUUAUGCAGGAUAAUUAUCAGUGUUAACUUUGAAACGCAUCAUUAUCCUUACCUAGUACUAUCUGCUACUUGGGAAGGGAAGUAAAUUUAAGGCUAGAAAUCAGAUGAGCUUAAAUCAGUACAUUUUUAAAGGUACAUUUUUUUUUUUGUUAAGUGUAAUGAAUUGUAUUUAUUUUAGUCAGGUAGAUUUCUAUUAGGCUUUUGUGGGGGUUUUGAAAUGAAUUUAAAUUUUCUACACAAACUGGUGUAAUUUUUAAGCAACACUAGUCCAUUUACAUCUUUCCUGA